AGAUCUACGUGCUUUUACAGCAGUACACCACGCUAAGGGCAAUACAUAUCUGACACAUUGUCUUUCACUGACACGUUUAGUUCUGUUUCUAUCGCCAAUUUCUUUCCGAGAUCAUGUCUACUGAAAAAGGUAACCUGUAAGUGGUAUGUUUUAUUUGUUUUAGAUAUUUUUGUUUAUUUUAUCUUUUCAUUGGCAACUAACGUGCACUAACAUGAUGGAACUUCCUAAAGACCCAAUUAUCUGAAUAAAAAAAGGCAUGCACAGUGCCAAAAAUAAAUUUGCGCUUAAUCUUUCGGAUAUAUCCAUUCGUAGGCUAGAUAAAGCUUUUGCAUCAGCCUUCACAUUACAUGAAGCGCACGGGAUAUUUGCAGCCAAAGUGACUCAUAUCUAGAUCAAUUAGUAGCCUAGAAUGUUUAUUUCAGCUAGAUUAUUCAGUGCUGCUGCUAUACACGAUUGACGUUGCCGAUAGUUUAGUCGUGUGCUGUGCCACCCAGAGAGGGAGAGUUGCAUAUGCGUCGCACCAAAGAGAAUCACCCAGAGCAGACCCGCCGCCGUCAAAAGUCUCGCCAGUCUCUCACAGCCUUGCGCCUUACAGGGGUAUGUGCACGGAAUCCGCGCAACCUCAAAGCGUCUGUUUAACGAACCUGGAUUUCAAUUAGAACCUGCUUGCUGCAGCCUCCGAAUUCUAGUUAGAGAGUUCCUGUCGGAAAGAGGGUGGGAGGCCGGGGGUUCGUUGCUGAUGCAGUGAAGAUUGCGUUUAUCUCGUAUUAUCUGCUAGCACAGUUCAUAUCUUUGUGCUAACACAACGCUGGGGGCAUCUGUGCGCUGGAUGACUCUAGCCUGCUUCGCGCUUCCGUGUGACAUAAUUCGAGUGCCUAAUUUGAAUUGAAACUUGAGAAGGAUGAUCGACUCUCCAGCUCCCGACCCCUGUCCGGUCCCAGACCCCACUGUGGUGGAUCCCUCGGCUCGCAACGGACAGUGUGUCUCUCCAAAUGAACAUCCACCCAAAACGGAUAACCAAGGAGACCCCUUCACCAUGGACCAGGAGAUGAAAAUAAGCGACAGCGUCGAGGGCCAAGGUCUCCUGGAGAGCAGCAUGCGACUGAAACCUCACGAGGCGCAGAACUAUCGCAAGAAGGCGCUGUGGGUGUCGUGGGUCUCCAUCGUGGCGACGCUCAUCCUGGCGGUGGCCGCUUUCACUGUUUCCAUUAUGAGGCACAGUGCUUCAGCCUUUGGAUUUGCUUUUGAUGCCACCUUGGACGUGCUGUCCUCCAUCAUCGUACUAUGGCGCUAUAGCAACGCGGCCGCCGUGCACUCCGCCCACCGGGAGUACAUAGCAUGUGUGAUUCUGGGGGUGGUGUUCAUCCUGUCCUCCCUGUGCAUUCUGGGAAAAGCCAUCCAUGACCUGGCCACCAAGUUGCUCCCUGAAGUGGACGAUUUCCUCUUCAGCGUGUCCAUCGUGAGUGGCAUCAUAUGUGUCAUCCUGGCCGUGCUCAAGUUCAUGCUGGGGAGGGUACUGACCAGCAGGGCCCUCAUCACCGACGGUUUCAACUCCCUCGUCGGGGGCAUCAUGGGAUUCUCCAUCCUCAUCAGCGCAGAGGUUUUCCGGCACCAUCCGGCAGUCUGGUACCUGGAUGGGACAGUGGGCGUCCUGAUUGGCCUGAUCAUCCUGGCUUAUGGAGUAAAGCUGCUGAUGGACAUGGUUCCCCGGGUGAGACAGACGAGGAACUACGAGAGGUUCGAGUGAGAGUGGGACCCCAGCGCUUGGAGCGUGGUGCUUGGUGGGGCGGGGCCCUAUCCAAGCCCCGCCCCCUCAGGCACACACAUGGAAAGAGACUCAGAGGACAAGUAUAGACCUUAAGGUGCCAGUGGUAUUUCAGUUCAAACCUCCCAUUGUCUGUAUCUUUAACCCCAGCUGUGUUAUUUAUGGUUAUGAACUGAAGAGGAGAAGCUGAGAAGGAAGGGCCUCACCUUUCAUUCUCCGCCCAUGCAAAGGUGGGUGGAGCAUGUGGGGUGGGCGGAGCAUGUGGGGUGUGGGGCGGAGCGUUGUUUCACCUCGAUGGUCUCCUUCAGCUCCCAAUGUCCCCGCUUCAGAAAGGCACCAUUGCCCUCUCUGUGAUGCUCUCCAAACGGUAGCCUGAGCUGCCGGUUAGCCACACUGAAACCGUGUUCUGGCCACUGCAAUCGAAACAGGCUGCUUGUCCUGCGGUCACUUGCGCUUCUGAUGUUUUUUUGUUCCGACAAAAUGGCCCAUUCUACAUCCUUCCCGGCUCAAAGUAUUUAACGAGUUUGUCUCAUUUGCACGGUUUUAGAGGUGGACUGGUGUGAAAGACACAACUGAUGAUGAGUUUGAUCAUUCACAAGUUGUUAGCUAGGCUAGUUAGCCCCAUGAAAAAGGCCUUAACAGGGUACUGUCCAGUCUUUCCCCAGUACUGACUAGAAAUAGUUUAUUUUACAUUGUUUGAGAUGACUAUAUUAAUGUAUAAUAAUUAACAUCUUUUGAGAUGAUUAUAUUAAUAAAUGUAGAAUACUUAAUAUAUUUGAGAUGCUUACAUUAAUGAUAUAGAACACAGUAUUUUUAGAUGAUUAUAUUAAUGAUGUAGUCCAUUGUGAGGGAGGUACCUGUGGCCGCAGUGUAGGGUAGGUAUAGAAAUCCACCUGUGUGGAAUCAACAUCAGGUGGUCUUACCUGUGUUUAAGACCCAAGGAAACCGUACCAACCUCCUUUUCCAGGCAUCCUUGGGAAAUCUCUAAACGGGAAAGAAGCACAGAACGUUGACAGGAAUGUGUUGUAAAAAAAAUCAGGCAAAAACUCAGAUGUCCAUUCAAAAUAUAAUUGGACAUCUGAAUAUGAAUACGAUUGGCCAAUGAAAAAAUCCGUUGGCCAAUGUUGGUUUCUGAGCAGAGCACAAUUCUGUAAGUUUAAAAAAGACAGCCUUACGGAGAAACUAUGGAGAAAGUUCUCUAUACACAGAACUUAAAACAUCCCCCAUUGAUACUUAUUAUUAGCCAUUAUUUUUGUUUUUAUUCAAUAUGCUAUUAUUUAUCAUUUUAUUGUGUUGUUAUUUCCAGUUUCUUGCGGUAUCUUGAGACAAACAAGGAUUAUAUGUUUACAAUUUCAGCAUAUUUAUUAGGGCCAUUUAGCAUAAUUAUAAUGGGAUACUAAAGACAUUUCAAGGGGUGGCUUCCUCAGAUGAAUUGUCUGGUGUUUGUUUGGAUUUUUAAAUUAUUGUUUGGUCAUCUAUGCUGAAUUUGAAUAAUAGAAUGAUUAUUAAGAAAGUUUGACAACUGACUUUCAAGGGAAAAUCAAGCAUGUGGAACCGAACGUGUAGCUUUUUCCAUAGUUGUUUAAAUGCUGGACUUCAUGGGUGAAGCGAAAGAACUUUCUCAAUUUGAUUCAUCUGGCCUCAUUUAACCUGUAUGUUUCUCUAAUACAGCAUGGGAAAAGUGAAACUGCUUCCGAUGCUGUCACACAUUGGAUCAUUUGGGCCAAUCAGAAGGUUCAACUUUUAUUGAAUGGUGACUGAAAUGUCAAAGUUUCAGUCUUUUUGGUAAAUUUGUAUGGGCCUAAAGUCUAAUGAGAAAGCACCUUAUAUUCAAUGCAAAAUAAAUACAUUUCCUUAUCAAUUUACAUUCAAAGAGCAUUUUACCUCCAAAACGUAUAGUCCGUGGAUAAAACAUUCAACUGCUGUUACAAAAUAAAAACUGUACAUACCGUCUCCCACCUUAAGUAGCUUGGUGUUGGAAAAAACUAUAUGCCAUCUUUUAUUUUUGGGUGAAAUUCCCCUUUGAGAGGCUCUGUUAUCUAUUUAAAUGGAAAUACCGGUAGAAUUUUAAGAGAUUUAAAUAUGUUUAUGCUGUCGAUUUACUGUUAAUGUACCAUUCAUACUAUCAACUGUAUAGUUUUAUUUAUGAAUGUGAUACCAGCACCUUUUGUAUAUAUGGUAAUUAUUGUACAGAUAGUCUAGGACAUGUUAAUAUUGCUAUUGUCUGUUUAAGGAGACACCUGUGAAAUUAAGCAAAAGUUAGCAAUGGCAUAACAGAUUAAUAUUAUUGUGCUAUUUUUCAAAUGAGGUUUAAAAAUUGUAUGUUUUCCCAAGUGGUAGAUAUUACUGUAAACUUUGGUUGUAGAUCUGUACCAUAUAGAAAAUGUACCCAGUGGUGUGAGAGUCGGCGAGUACUGUAACAAAAACAUGUUCUCGUUACCAGGCAACGCGCCAAUGUGAUCUGUUGACGGCUUGUCUGUUCUGCUCACCGACACGGCACAAGGAGUCCCUUCCCACCGUCGGUUUCAUGAAGUCUUUAAAAAGCUAUCUUGCCUGCAGGAUCUGAUAACAUAGCACUAUGGAAGGUCCUCAGAAUGUAGUUACUUCACGAUCGCACCUGGUCCUGGUGUGCAUUCUGUCCCAAGACGCACAUGAACUUGAACACACACACAAUAGGUAGGAUUUGACAACUUGGAGCGCAAUUUUGUUUUGGUUGUGUGAGCCACACUUUCACCACACUAAAACAGUUCCUUUAAACUACAAAUACAUUAAACCUUGAGAGUUGUUGAACUAAGCUAGUUUUAUUCAAAUAUCAUAAUUUGUGGGCAUUUAUUAAUAAAAUCAAUUACCAAAAGGGUAAUGUCUGUGUAUGUAGCACAAAACCAUUCAUACUGAUGUAUGGUUAAACGGAAUGAGACCGGGCAUGCAUGCACAUCGCAGUGAGGUUCCAUAGCUGGACUUACUGUGACCACAAGGCUCACUAUACAUGUUCGAAAUGAGCAUUGCAGCUGUGCGGACAGACGAGCCUUUGGAAAAUACUGCACUGCAUUCUUCUCAAAUGUCUAUCGCUUAAGAGCUUAAUUUAAAGAUACCAGUCUUAGAUAUCAAAGCCAUAAUGACAGAUAGGUGUCUGUUCAUCUCCAGAUACCUUAGACCUCCAGACCACGAGGCUGAAGAUAUUCUCCAGUCAGCCACCGUCCCUCUUUGGCACUAUUGAACAUGCUGGCAUGUGUCUGCGGUUUCCUUGUGUUGAACACUGAAUACAAGUAGCACAAAGAGUAGCACACACACACACACUCCCUCUCCCCUUCUCUUUCUCUCUCACACACUCUUGCUCUCGCACACAUUCUUCCUCUCUCUCACUCUCUCUCUCUCUCUCUCUCUCUCACACACACACACACACACAAAGAUAUUAUAUUCAUUUGUAUACCCCAAUGUGUCAAUGCAAUAAGUGCUUCUGUAAGCCUGCACACAUCAUUAGCAUUUUAGACGUUUAGAAGAGCUUCACGGGCCUGAGCCAAGGGUCUGAUGCUGCUUUGCAUGGGCUGCCAGCCACUACACUUUAGACUCAGAAGUACAAGCUUUACCCUCCUGCGAGCUUGCCAUGGUUUGCAUCAUCAAUACAGAACAUCCAUCGCUCUCAAACGCACAGAAACACACGCACACACACACAACUUUUGUACAAUAUUAACUGCACCACUAUGUGCUCAGAAUGUAAUGUGUGAAUGUAACAUAUUGCAGUGGUACUACUGUGGAUGAUGUAAACACAAUGUAUAUUUAUAUAGACCACCCAAUGCGACAGUGAGGUUACUUUGUCACAGAAAAAGGUUUAUUGAAAAAUAAAGUUUUAUCCUGCGUAUUCAUCAAAAAGGGUGAAAACAAAUCUGGUCUUUCUUUUUCUUGUGUUCGCUUUUGUCACUACCUUUUGCAAACACCUCCAAGAUUGCAAA